UAUUUAUUUAUUUAUUUAUUUAUUUAUUUAUUUAUUUAUUUAUUUAUUUUUGGUGUAGCCAGCUGGUCUGUUUGUUGUCUCCUCCCCACUGGAUAGAGAGCAGUGCCUGGAAUAUAAUAUACACUUAAUAAGCAUUUGUUGAUUUAAUGAAUGGAAAAGCACUUUGGGAAUAGAUGCUUUAAAUAUUCUGCUUUCUUAUACUUAAAAAAAUAAACAAGAAGUAUCCCCCCCCCAAAUUUAGAUUUUCCUUGCUCCUGCUUAACUUGGAGGAAUACUACUUUGAACAGCAUACAGCUCAUCAUACUCAGCGGAAGGGCAGUCAGAAUGAGAGGAGAGUCAGAGGCUCUUUAAAAAUAUGUUCAAAAUCAGUUAUUUUUGAACCAGAUGCAAUAUCCCAGCCCAUCAUUAAGAUUCUUUUGAGAGACUGUAUAAAAAUAGGAAAACAUGGAGAAAACGGAGCCAGUAAACACUUUGCAAAGGCAAAAUCGGGAGGGAUUGCGCUCAUUUUCAGUCAGGUAUAUUUCAUUAAAGAACACAACAUUGUUGCACCAUAUAAAAUAGAAAGAGGCACAAUGGAAUAUGUCUUUGAAUUGGAUGUUUCAGGGAAAGUGGAAGAUGUUGUGGAGACGUUGCUUCAGCUUCACAGAGCAUCCUGCCUUGACAAACUAGGGGACCAAACUGCUAUGAUAACAGCUAUUUUGCAGUCACGUUUGGCUAGAACAUCAUUUGACAAAAACAGAUUCCAAAGUGUUUCUGAAAAGCUGCACAUGGAAUGCAAAGCAGAAAUGGUGACCCCUCUGGUGACAAAUCCUGGACACGUGUGCAUCACUGACACCAACCUAUAUUUCCAGCCUCUCAAUGGGUACCCAAAACCUGUGGUCCAGAUAACACUCCAGGAUGUCCGCCGCAUUUACAAAAGGAGACAUGGCCUCAUGCCUUUGGGCUUGGAGGUGUUUUGCACAGAAGAUGACCUGUGUUCCGACAUCUACCUAAAGUUCUAUGACCCACAAGAUAGAGAUGACCUCUAUUUUUAUAUUGCCACGUAUCUAGAGCACCACGUGGCGGAGCGCACGCCCGAGAGCUACACCCUGCAGUGGCAGCGUGGGCACCUUUCCAACUACCAGUACCUGCUGCACCUCAACAACCUGGCAGACCGCAGCUGCAAUGACCUGUCCCAGUACCCGGUGUUUCCGUGGACAAUCAGCGAUUAUUGCAGUUCAGAGCUAGAUUUGUCAAAUCCAGGAACCUUCCGGGAUCUUAGUAAGCCAGUAGGGGCCCUAAAUAAGGAGCGGCUGGAGAGACUACUGACACGCUACCAGGAGAUGCCAGAGCCAAAGUUCAUGUAUGGCAGUCACUACUCUUCCCCGGGUUAUGUGCUGUUUUAUCUUGUCAGGAUUGCCCCAGAGUAUAUGCUGUGCCUACAGAAUGGAAGAUUUGAUAAUGCAGAUAGAAUGUUCAACAGUAUUUCAGAAACUUGGAAAAAUUGUUUGGAUGGUGCUACAGAUUUUAAAGAGUUGAUUCCAGAAUUCUAUGGUGAUGAUGUCAGCUUCUUAGUCAAUAGUCUGAAGCUGGAUUUGGGGAAGAGACAAGGAGGGCAGAUGGUAGAUGAUGUGGAACUUCCGCCAUGGGCACAGAGUCCCGAGGACUUUCUUCAGAAAAGCAAAGAUGCACUGGAAAGCAAUUAUGUAUCAGAGCACCUUCACGAGUGGAUUGACCUAAUAUUUGGCUACAAGCAAAAAGGAAGCGAGGCUGUUGGGGCCCAUAAUGUAUUUCAUCCCCUGACCUAUGAAGGAGGUGUAGACUUGAACAGCAUCGAGGAUCCUGAUGAAAAAGUAGCCAUGUUAACCCAAAUCUUGGAAUUUGGGCAGACACCAAAACAGCUCUUUGUGACACCACAUCCUCGAAGGAUCACCCCAAAGUUUAAAAGUUUAUCCCAGACCUCCAGUUAUAACACUUCCAUAGCAGAUUCUCCAGGUGAAGAGUCUUUUGAGGACCUGACUGAAGAAAGCAAAACACUGGCCUGGAGUAACAUCUCAAAACUGCAGUUGCACGAGCAAUAUAAAAUCCACAAAGAGGCGGUUACUGGCAUAGCGGUCUCUGGCAACGGAUCAUCAGUCUUUACAACCUCACAAGAUUCCACCUUGAAGAUGUUUUCUAAAGAAUCCAAAAUGCUACAAAGAAGUGUAUCAUUUUCAAAUAUGGCAUUAUCAUCUUGUUUACUUUUGCCAGGAGAUGCCACUGUCCUAAGUUCCUCGUGGGAUAAUAAUGUCUAUUUUUAUUCCAUAGCAUUUGGAAGACGCCAGGACACAUUAAUGGGACAUGAUGAUGCUGUUAGUAAGAUCUGUUGGCAUGACGACAGGCUGUAUUCUGCAUCGUGGGAUUCUACAGUGAAGGUAUGGUCUGUUGUUCCUGCAGAAAUGACAGGCACCAAAAGACACCAAUUUGACAUGCUGGCUGAGCUGGAACACGAUGUCGGUGUGGAUACAAUCAAUUUAAAUGCUGCAAGCACACUGUUGGUUUCAGGCACCAAAGAAGGCACGGUGAAUAUUUGGGACCUCACGACGGCCACCGUAUUGCACCAGAUUCCAUGUCAUUCGGGAACUGUGUGUGACGCUGCUUUUAGCCCAGACAGUCGCCACGUCCUCAGCACAGGAGAAGAUGGCUGUGUAAAUGUAAUCGACGUGCAGACAGGAAUGCUUAUCUCCUCUAUGACUUCACACGAGCCCCAGAGGUGCUUUAUCUGGGAUGGAAAUACUGUUUUAUCUGGAAGUCAGUCUGGUGAACUGCUUGUUUGGGACCUCCUCGGAGGAAAAGUCAGUGAGAGAAUACGGGGACAUAAAGGUGCUGUGACAUGUAUAUGGAUGAACGAACAGUGUAGCAGUAUCAUCACAGGAGGGGAAGACAGACAAAUUAUGUUCUGGAAAUUACAGUAUUAAGUGCCUUUUCUUCUCCUGAAUAUUAAAUUGAACUCUAUUUAAUGUAUUUUUAAACCAAACUUUUAAAUGAACUGGUGAAUGUGCAAUGGUAGUAAUUAGAAGUUUUACCACAUAAGAAAUUUGUGGUUUUAAACUUUCUAAAUCAUGGUGACUUCACUGAAAACUACUAGUUGCCAGCCAUUAAGGCAGAUAAAGAUACAGCAGCGUUAGGGAGAAAACAUUACAUUUGUAAGGCAGAUGAUCAUCCCAGAUGGUCAGAAGACAGGUUUCAGGGACAGAGUGAAUAGCUAAGAGAUGCUAAACUGGGCUGAGGAAACAUUCAGAAAGCCAAAUUUUCCAAGAAAAUGUGCAGUAUUCUCCACUACUUCUGAGUCCCUCUAUUUUGUCUUCCUGUUUUACACAAUUGCUGCCCAUUGGGUUUGGUAUGUGUGUUUUCAUGGAGUGGUUACUUUCUAUAACCUACUGUCCCGAGUCUAAGGACCUGGGGAGGGAAUAGCAGUUCUUAUAACAGCAAGCUUACUGUAUAGGAACAGUGUAUUUCAUUACAGCUAUUAAAUGCUCAUCUUUUCUACAUUAAAAAUAUUUUUCUGUAAUGAAA